UGCGCGUGUCUCUCUGUUUGGUUUCACUUCCGCACUCCUCCGCUGCUGUCUGUAGCCUGCUAGCUUCUUUUGCAUGGCAUUUGGCACAUUUGAAGAGAGAGCGCGUUAUUUCUACAGGGCAAUAGUUUUUGUUUGUUUGUUUUUUUUAAAGGAAACCGUUAAUUAAAAACAAGCAAAAAACACAGACUUCGCGCAGACGAACUUUGUUUGAUGCGCAUAACAAAACGGUCGGCUGGUUGCUAAUUGAGCCAACCAGGAAGCGCCGUUAGCGUGAGGAAGCUCAGUCAGUGCAACUUAACCCUGGUUACUGUUCAGACUGUCAGCUCGUAUGAUAAACUGUUACUUUGCUCGCAAAGAAGAUUUCCCAGCUGACUUACAGUGAAGGAAAUCAUGAAGGUGUUCAAAAGCCGGAGAGGAGGGUCCUUUCUUGUGUGGACUGUGGCAUUUCAGCUGGUCCUCUGUGUGACUGGGGUAUAUGGAGAGAGCACCAAAGCCUGUAAACUUUCACCUGAAAGUCCUUCAGAACGGAAAGUACUGGAGCAACUAGCACCACUCGUAGGAAAGAACUUUACAGCUGAGACCAAGAAUGCAAACGAGAGUUACAAAUAUGUGUUCCAGUUGUGUGGGAAUGCAGGCGGUGUUAAAAAUGCUGGGCUUAUUCAAGUGGACACGAAACAAGCACAGAACCCAACAGUGAUUGGCAAAUACACUUCAACACAGGCCAUUGGAGGAAGUGACUGGGUGAUGCUGAUCUACAGAGAUGGUGAAUCAUACACUUCACACUGCAACAAGGAAAAGAGGAAAGCCAUCGUUAUGAUCUCAUGCGUCAGGAAUAUAGAAGCGGGUAAACUGGAAGUUGUUCUGGAGGACAGGGAAAGGCAGGAAGACUGUUUUUACCUGUUUGAGAUGGACUCCAGUGCAGUGUGUCCAGCUAUUGAGUCCAAGCUUAGCACUGGCUCCAUAAUACUCAUCAUUGGUUUCUCUCUUCUGGCUGUUUACCUUGUUGGUGGUUUCCUCUACCAGCGGCUGAUCGUUGGAGCCAAAGGGAUGGAGCAAUUUCCCAAUUAUGCUUUUUGGGUGGAGUUUGGAAACCUGGCAGCGGAUGGAUGUGACUUUGUGUGCCGGUCACGCAAUCGAGAGGAAUCGCCAGCUAACAGGGGAGUGGCUACAGAAAGUGUACAGGAGGAGCCAGAAGAGAGAGAUGACCACUUGCUGCCUAUGUGACCUUAACUUGUGCCUAGGGCAGAAGGCCUUUGAUCUUCUUGUUACACAUAGGGCUGACAAUCCUGUCUACACUUUCUACCCCAUCCAUUUCAAACAGCUGUGUGAUGUCAGACAAAUGAGUGAUUCCUCCAAGAUUGCUAUUUCACAAUAAAGACUCUUCAGUGGAAAUCUGGCAGAAAGGGGAGAAUUUGAAGAGUCAUAUUUCUGUAUGUGAGCUCAGUGCCACAUUGUUUACAAUUCUUUUCUGCUUAAGUAAUGAUUCAUUAUUUUCUGGGGUUUUGAUUGUUUGUUUUUUCCACAAGCAGGGGGGUGUACUACGAAGCAAGUUCAGUAUAGUUAAGUGUUCUUUGCAUUAGCUGGCUUGGAAAAACCUAAAACCCAGUCAGAGAUAACAUGUAUCAGCUUAUCAACUUUCUUUGUUAUCUCAGGCUUUCUGCUUCGUACUCUGUGCGCGCUCACACAAAAUCAGUCUGUACAAAACUGAUGAUUUGAUUGUCGCCUACUCUAACUGGAGACAUUACCAGAGGAGCAGGUGAUACAGAUCUAUGAAGGAUGUAAAAAUAUAGCAGGGAAAUGAAACACUACAGCUGCAAAUAAGACGGGAGUAAUGCAGCAGAAAAUCGUUAAUCUUGUGAAGUUAUGAUCAUCACAAGUACACCAAUUGGUAAAAUAAAUAAAUUACCUUGUGUAGCACUGUUACCUCACAGCAAGAAGGUCCUGGGUCUGGCCGGGGCCUUUCUGUCUAGAGUUUGCAUAUUCCCCUAUGUGGGUUCUCUCUGCAGCUUCCUCCCACAGUCCAAAGACAUGCAUGUUAGGUUAACUGGUGAUUCUAAAUUGCCCAUAAAUGUGAAUGUGAGUGUGAGUGGUUGUCUCCCUG